AUGCACUUUUUGGUGUUCCUCGGGGCGCUGCUUCAGGCCCUCCUAGUGAUGCCUGUCAGUGCUAAAAACAAUACAAGACAUGUAGGAACAGGGUCACUUCUGACUUGUAUGGAGAAUUCGCAAUUCACAGCGUCUUUUUUCGACGUGCAGUACUAUCCUGGUAACAAGACCGUGCUUUUCAACAUUGACGCGACCACGACCAUCCAGGACAAUAUUACAGCUGAAAUCGAGCUUGUUGUAUAUGGAUUGAACGUGAUGGAGACUUCGAUUGACCUUUGUUCUUUGGGCCAGACAUCCUUGUGCCCUCUGCAGGCCGGCCGUAUUGACGUGAACUCCCAGCAGGUGCUGGACACUGAUCUGGUGAAUCAGGUUCCCGGAGUAGCCUAUACGAUUCCUGAUUUGGAUGCUCAGGUGCGCGUAAUGGUGUAUGCGUCGAAGGACACUGAUCAUGAAAACCCCCUCGCCUGUGUGGUGGCCCCCUUGACCAAUGGUAAGACAGUGCAGACUAAGUACGCAUCAUGGCCAAUUGCGGCGAUCUCGGGUAUUGGUGUUCUUACUUCUGGGUUUGUCUCGGUCCUUGGCCACUCCACCACAGCUGCCCAUAUCGCCUCAAAUUCCAUUUCUCUUUUCAUUUAUUUCCAGAAUCUCGCCAUUACCUCUAUGAUGGGUGUCUCUAGAGUUCCUCCAAUCGCCGCCGCUUGGGCUCAAAACUUUCAAUGGUCGAUGGGAAUAAUAAACGUUUCUUUUAUGCAGGAUAUUUUCAAUUGGUACAUCCAGGCCACUGGUGGAGAAUCCGUUGUUGUUGUGGCAAACAAGGACGUGUUGUCUAUUUCUGUGCAGAAGAGGCGCUUGAAGAGAGCAGUUGUAGAAGGCGCAAAGCACCUUUACAAAAGAAUCUCCAUAUCCACCUCUAACAGUUUCGACGUCAGUUCCUUUAUGAAUCAAACAAACCUUUACACUACCAAUGAAAGGAACUCUACUAAUUAUGCAUCGAAGACUCUUGUGUUGCACGGUAUUCAGCGUGUAGCAUUCAAAGCCGAUAUCGAACUGUCCAAUUUGUUUCUGACCGGUGCCGUGUUUACCCUUUUUUUCAUUUUCGUUAUUGUGAUCGCUUUGAUGUUCUUUAAAGCAUUGGUCGAAUUGCUUACGAGAGCUCGUAUUAUGGCAGAAUCUUCCAAAUUUUUUGAGUACAGGAAAAGCUGGAGUAAUAUUAUCAAAGGCACACUUUUUAGGCUUUGCAUAAUCGCGUUUCCUCAACUUUCGAUUUUGAGUAUCUGGGAGUUUACCCAACGAGACUCUCCUGCAGCAGUCGUUAACGCCGCCGUUAUUCUCGUGAUUGUUACUGCAUUGCUAAUAUAUGGCGUCACUAGAGUUAUUGUGAGGGGCCGUGAAUCUAAGAGGCUAUACAAGACUCCAGCAUACAUGCUAUUCGGUGAUUCUACAUUCCUGAACAGAUAUGGUUUCUUGUAUGUGCAAUUCAAGGCAGAUCUGUACUGGUGGUUAGUGCCAUUCAUGGCUUAUGCUUUGCUCAGAUCCAUUUUUGUCGCUGUUCUACAAAAUAUGGGCAAGCCUCAAGCGAUGGUUGUCUUUGUCAUUGAGUUGGUUUAUUUUGUAGCGCUUUGCUGGAAGAGACCUUAUUUGGAUAAGCGGACGAAUGCAUUCAAUAUCGUUAUUCACUUGGUCAACCUGUUCAAUGCCCUGUUUUUUCUAUUUUUCUCCGAGCUCUUUGGGCAGCCCCAGGUUGUUUCUUCCGUUAUGGCCGUGGUUCUUUUCGUUGUGAAUGCAGUGUUCGCUCUCUUUUUGCUGAUUUUCACUAUCGUCACUUGCGCGCUAGCAUUGGUGCACAGGAAUCCAGAUUCUCGAUACCAACCUAUGAAGGACGAUCGCGUUUCUUUCAUUCCUAAGAUUCAGACAAAUGGAGCAGCCUCUAAAUCUGAAGCCGAGCUAUUUGAGCUUGGUAAGGCUGCCAUGGUCACCAACGAAGCCUCGAACUAUCCUUCCAGUGGUGACAGCUCACGUAACAAGAGCUCUCGGAAACUGCUUUUCGAUGACGAGGUAGACGACAGCUCGCAAUUCGAAACCCAGUCGGGCUCUAGGGAAAAGCGUGCUUAUAGUGGUGAGCCCCAGGCUGUACAGCCAACGUCAGCGGUGCUGGGGUCUAGUGCAUUUGGUAAUCCAUACCAAAAACUUCCAACCGCACCUACAAGCCGCAGCGCCCAUAGUCUUCGUGCUCCGGAAAGUACUUUCAAUAGUGACACAUCGUAUCAGGGAUACGUGGGCUCCACCAAUCACGGCAACAGCGCCAACCAAAAUCCUUACUCGAAGGGUCAGUCUUACCUAUGA